UGUACCAAAGACAGACUGACAGAGUGCAAGAGCGCCAGCGAGGCAGACAAAGUCGGGAAAAGCAAAAAAGGCAGAAAAAAAAAAAGGGGAUGAGAGGAAUUGGAGGGCCUUUGCUUACCAUAGGGGAUCUGCUAAGCGACGUGGGGGAAGAAUACGGUGCCGCACCAGACCACCACCACCACGAUGAUGCCACUCUUCCAUCACUAUCAUCAUCAUCAUCGUCAAUUCUUGAUUCAAAUGAUGCCCCUCAAACCUUGGACCUCACCAGACUCUUUCAGGUAAACUACGAGAAAUUGAGCGAGGCACUUGCUGGUUCGGACCACUCAUGGACAGCUCUAACUUUAAAGUUAUGUGCUGCUCUGGAAACUGCAAACCAGUUGGUUCAGUCCAACGGCAUAAAUGUUAGAUUGCUGUCAGAGAAGGUUGCUGAAGUUGAGAAAAUUGUCAAGAGGGGAGAUUCUGCAAUUACAGCAGCCAGAACCAUCUCAAUCUCUCUAAACCAAAAAGGAGGUUCAUCUGUUGGUGGUCUAACCAAAGAACAAUCCAGGUCUCAUCAAGAAUAUAAGAUGUCAUAGUGGUGGUGUUACUUUUUGGAAGCAUUAUAGCUUGGAAAAGGGUCCCGAAAGCAAUCCUGGAAGAAGAGAAUCCAAUCAUUUUUAAAUGAACUUUUGUAGGUAUGCACUGUGCAUUUGCUCUAACAAAGUUUGGUUUCUUUUUGUAGAUAAUGCCAGUAUUUUCAAUUUGGGUAAAACCUGCUAAACAACAAACGUUUAAAUGGAGAUGCAUAGUUUAUGGCAUGCAUACCACUGCUUGGGACAAUGCACUUUUUGUUUUUUCAAUUUUACACUAGAACUUAUUGAUAUAGGUCAAGUUACAUUACCAUGGGUAUUGCAAGCGAUCCAUGUAAAAUUGAAUGAUCUUUUUUGCUUGAAUAUAUUUGGGAUAUUGUUGCCUCGUGCUGCCUUGCCUCGUUUCAUCAAACUUUCAAACAAUUUAGGGUCCAGAAAAACCUUUGAACAUUUUAAUGUAGUAGGAUAUGUUGCCUGUUACUAUGUUCGAGGAAGAUAGAUGUAUUAUUAUCAUGCCAAAUGUUGCCAAAUUGAUAUUAUUCAUGGCAGAUAGUUGCAAGUUUAAAUCAACAU